UCCAACAAAUUACAUCUACUUAGUAAUUCAAAUACCAAAAAAAGGAAGAAAAAAAAAAACACAAAAACCCCAAAAAAACAAAAAAGGGUAGGGACUGAAGUAACAUAUUGUAUGCUUCUUUCUUGAUUUCCUCUGUUGUCAAAUCUCAACACAGAGCCAUGGCUAAAUUUUCCAAGGAUUCCAUGGUUCUGUGUUUUUGGGUAGUCAUUGUUUUUGUAAUAUCUAGUGCAAGUGCAUCUACUAGGCUUAAGAAAUUUGAUCACCCCACUAGAGGUGAUGGUACUCUUAACUUCUUGGUUGUUGGUGACUGGGGACGAAGGGGUACCUAUAAUCAAUCUCACGUAGCUCACCAGAUGGGAAGAAUUGGAGAAAAGCUAGACAUUGAUUUUGUAUUAUCAACGGGUGACAAUUUCUAUGAUAACGGAUUGACAGGGAUAUAUGAUCCAAAUUUUGUAGAGUCAUUUACUGACAUAUACACAGCAAAGAGCUUGCAAAAACAAUGGUACAGUGUAUUAGGCAAUCACGAUUACAGAGGAAAUGUAGAAGCACAACUCAGUCCUUACCUUAGGAAACUUGAUAGCAGAUGGCUUUGUUUAAGGUCUUUCAUAGUUAAAGCAGAAAUUGCUGAAAUAUUCAUGGUGGAUACCACUCCAUUCGUGCAAGAUUAUUUCACGAACCCUAAAGAUCAUACCUAUGAUUGGCGUGGUGUGAUCCCUCCAAAUGUGUACACUGCAAACGUAUUGAAAGAACUUGAAAAGGCCUUGAGUGAAUCGACAGCAAGAUGGAAGAUUGUACUGGGUCAUCACGCCAUUAGAAGUGUGGGGCAUCAUGGUGACACUCAGCCACUCGUGGAUCGCCUUCUUCCUAUGCUUAGGGCAUACGAUGUUGAUUUUUACAUGAACGGGCACGACCACUGCCUUGAACAUAUUAGUGAUACCGAAAGUCCAAUGCAAUUUUUAGUAAGCGGGGCAGGGUCAAAGGCAUGGAGAGGAGAUGUGAAAGGAUUAAAUAGAGAAGAUGUACAUUUCUUCCAUGAUGGACAAGGUUUCAUGUCUGUCCAGUUGACACCAACAGAGGCAGAGAUCAAAUACUAUGAUGUCUAUGGUAGUGUGUUACAUAGGUGGAAUAGGUCCAAGUUGCUUCACUCUGCUAUUUAGAAUUUCUAAUCGACUGUAAAUACUAAGUUAGAUGUAGAAAAAAAUUGAAUUCUUUUUCUUCGAGAUUGGAUUACACAAAACCUGCCUUGGUUUUGUGAGAGAGUAAUCUCAUGCAUUUAGGGUUCGUUUAGCUUGAUGUAUUAGAUGAAAUAAAAUAUUGUUGCUUUA